ACAAUCCCAUGACCCCACGUCCUCCACAACCCGCAUGUGCUAUCACACCACACACCCCACGCCCCCUCGCCCAAACGCAUCUCGCACGCCACACGGGGCUGGAGCACCAGCAGCUCGCCGGAGCGGAGCACCAGCAGCCGCCCGCUGCCGGCCUCUGCCCGGCUCUGCCCGUCUCCACGCGCCGCCGGCCUCCGCCAGCAUCCGGCCCUGCCCAUCUACACGCGCCGCCGCCUACGCCCGCACACGUCCACUGCCCGUCUCCGCGCGCCGUCAGCCUCCGCCCGCAUCUGGCCUCGCCCGUCUCCGCGCGACACUGGCCUCCGCGCGCCGCCGGGGUCCGCCUCCGCUGCUCUCCUCUUCCUCCCUCUCUCCCUUCUCUCGAUUCGCGGGCCUCUGCCUCCGCUGCUCCCCUCUGCCGGCGGUGGGGCUUGGCGCUGACGGAGUUGAUGGGGUCCAAUGGAUCCGGGGAUUCGCGACCCGAUCCAGCGCCCGGAGGAGGGUGGCGAGCUCUGCCUUGGCGGCGGACGACUUGAGCUCCUCGCGGACGUCCAUGGUGGUGUUGGUGUGCUCCUGUCCAUGGAGAAAGGAAGGAGAAGGGGUGUGGCUGCUGGUUGCUGCUGCUCCGGUGAGCACAGGCACACGGUAUGGUUGCACGGAGGCGCGGCGUCCAGAUCGAACUCAUGUACUGUACUGAAGUGUAAUCCGUUUGGCUUGUGAAAUAUAGUUUUGUUUUGGAUCUGUUGGUGUAUACUGUGUAAAUAUAGUAGUUUGUGUUGUAAAAUCCAAUCAUUCUUGGAACAGUAAAUGUUUAUACUGU